AUGGAGUGCGAGUCGUUGCAACUGACAUGUUUGGGGAGGCCCUUUCAGCUGGGAACUCUCUACGAUCGCCGAAGCGACACCAUCGUGGCGGGCAUGACCCUAUGGAAUAUGACGGCCCUAGAAAAAAACAUCACAGAAUCCCAGCUGUCGUCGUGCUAUUCAGAGAUCAUAGCUGAGGAUAGCAUCUCGGAGAAGACGUCUGCACUGGACAUCGAUGCCAGUCUCAAGCUCAGUUUCCUCGGUGGCCUUGUUGAAGUCUCGGGAUCAGGCAAGUACCUGGAUGAUAGAAAGUCUUCUUCUAAGCAAGCCCGUAUAGUCCUUCAAUUCAAGUCCAAAAGCUGCUUCAAAGGGCUGACCAUGGAGCAAUUGGGGACGGAUGGCAUCGAGCAUCCGGAAGUAUUCGAGAAAGACAUCGCCACCCAUGUUGUCACCCGGAUCGAGUAUGGAGCCGACGCUUUCUUCGUUUUUGACCGGGAAGUCUCCUCUAACGAAACAGUUCGAGAUGUGGAAGGGAAAUUGAAUGUUGCCUUCGAGAAAAUCAAGGGAUUACCAAUAAAGGGAGAGGCGACAGCCAAGGUGAAGGAACAAGAAAAGUUAGAAACAUAUCAACUUCGCUGCAAAUAUUAUGGUGACAUUCUCCUUGAGAAAAAUCCAACCACAUUCGAGGAAGGCCUACAAAUAUUCCAAGAGCUCCCGGCUCGAUCCAAGAAAGAAAACGUGCCGAAGUGUGUCCAUCUCUUCCCACUUCACAAGCUGAAUAACAGGGCCAUACGCUUGAUUAAAGAGAUUAGAGUGGGAAUCGUUCAAGAUGUAGAAGAAAUCCUGGAGUCAUUGCAUGCCGUCAAGGUCAAGGCAAACGACUUGGACAAAUCCAAGGUUUGCGAUCACUUCUGGGGUGUCCGAACUCAGCUGAAGAUAUUUCGUUCUUUAGUUGACGAAUUCAAAGCCAAAUUCCAGAAGAAAAUUUCUUCCAUCUUCAAGGCGGUUCGGGCCUGCCGCGCCGAAGAAGUUUCUCUUUCCAAAAUCGUGGAGCAAACAAUAGCUUCCCCCUUCAAUAAUGAGAUUCUCUCCGUCUGGCUGACAGGGAAAGAUGUGGAUAUAAAAACACUGGAAAAGUACCUAGAAUUCUUUGAAGAAGUCCCUGUUGCCUUCGCUCCAGGGGAUUUUUGCAUCAUUACUAAAGAUCCGAAGAUCACAUGUGCCAUCUGUUUUGCUUUUGGUGUCGGUCCCAAAACGGAGCCAUUUUUAGAGCGAAUGUCUACAUACUUGAAGGAGGAGGGAUUGGACAGCUCCUCGUUGGGGAGAGAAACCCCGCAAUUUUGGUUUGAUGAUCAAGAAAUCAUGCAGGCCAUGCAGGUAGACACCAUUAAUUUCUUAGAUUUCUUCAAAGCCAAUAAAUCAAAGUGCAACCUCAAGUUCUUCGUGACUGAGAUGCAAUUGGAGAAUGCAUCUCACGAGAUCUUCCUUUACGAAAGCGGGGUUCGGAGCCGUUUCGUUCCACCCGGGAUACCCGGAGCACCUAAGGCUCUCGAGGUCACUAAGGACACAAUCCAGCUGUCCUGGGAGCCGCCCUGCCACGGAUUGGAAUUUGUGGAAGGAUACCAGGUGUCUUAUCGUCCACUCACGUGUGAUGACGAAUGGUUCGAGCACGCCGUUACAGAGAAUAUCGUUAAUGCUACUAUCAAGGACCUUCUUCCCAAUCGAAGAUAUGUUUUUCGGGACGAAGAUAGUGACGAAGACUUGAACGACACUCCGAAUAUCCAUCCAUGUGAUAUCCUGGUGAUAGCCCUCCAGAAUUCUGAGCCAUCGCUUCGCCAGCUCUUGCUUGGUCGUCUAUUUUCCAUAGGUCAUGGGAUGCCUGUUGUCUCACCAGUGUCCCCAAUCGCUGCAACCAGUGAACUUAAGGAUAAAACGUUGGAAUUGCUCGUCUGGGCCCUCCAGGAUAUUGAUGUGAAGUAUUGUGGCCUUUAUCACCCUUUGGUUGAAUUUCAAGCUCCGUUUAUCGGAUUGCCACUAGGAAAAGCUAGACGACUAGUCAGCAACGGAGUUCUUGAAAUGGCUUGGUUGAAAAUGUCCCUGUCUCCUGGAAGAGCCACUGGGGAUUCAGAAGAGAGCAGUAAAGUAGAACCAGCCUUCAUUCUGAACUUGCGGGGAGAUGCCCUCUAUUCUCCUGAACAGGUCCAACUCCUUGGAAAGAUAUGCUCUCUUGUCAUACUAUUUCUUGGAAAUGUGCCUACGCAGUCCAAGGAAGGAAAAAAGGAAAAGAAGGAGCAGCUAGUAGAGCUAGAAAGGAAAAUGAGAGAUUCAUCCUUUGGCAUGGACAACAUUUUCAGAGAGCUUGCUCAGAUUUAUGAAUGCCUUAUUGUCAGUAAAGAUAAGGGAAAGGUGUCUGGCCUUCCAAGUAUAAUGGCUUCACUGAUUCUGGCCGGAAUGCCAUUAGAGUUAUUGGAUGGUGACAAUGGCUACAUCCCUAUGAAGUGGUUGACAGAUAUCUUUAAGUGCAUUGAAAGCAAAGUGGGGAAGAUUUGGGUGCUUUCAGUCAUCGGCAUCCAAAGCUCGGGCAAGUCCACAAUGUUGAACACGAUUUUUGGGUCAGACUUUUUAGCUCGAACAGGAAGGUGUACGAAGGGAGUCUAUAUGCAGUUUUUCCCUUUUGGGAAGAUGAGUCACGAAGAUGAGUCACGCACACACUACUUAGUCCUCCUUGAUUCAGAGGGAUUGGGAGCACCCGAAUUUGCAGACGAUUACUCCAGACGGCGAGAUAAUGAACUGGCUACAUUUGCCAUUGGACUGGCUGACCUGACUCUCCUCAAUGUGAUGGGCGAAACGCCAUCUGAUGUGAAAGACCUUCUGCCCACCGUCCUGCAUGGGUUCAUCCGAAUGAACGAGGUCAAAAUAUCCCCCAAGGUGGUGAUCAUCCAUCAAAAUGUGCGAGAAGACGCGCAUAGGUCUCGGUUGCAAGGUCUGAAGAAAAUGCAAGAGGUCCUUGAUGAAAUGACGAUUGUUGCGGCAAAGGAAGAAGACUCGUAUCCAAAAAUCAGUAGCUUCCAUGAUGUCAUCAAAUUAAACUUGACAAAAGAUGCACACUACUUCCCUUCUUUAUUUAUUUCCGGCAAACUUACCAUCCACUCUGAAGAAUAUGGAUGCAAAGCGAAACAAAUGAAGUCGGUAAUCUUGGAGAAGCUACGCUCCUGCAGUGGCAGGAACAUGAACAUAUUCAGUCGACAUCUGGAGGGGUUAUGGGAAGCAAUCAUGGAAGAAAACUUUGCCUUCAAUUUUCGCAAUGUCAUGGAAAUGGCAGCUUACAAUGACGUAGAAAGUAUGCUGCAGUCACUAGUAUACGAAGCGGAUAACCGACUUUUUAGAAGUUGGGAUGAAUGGAAAGGAGAAAUCAUGAGGGCAAACGACGUAUAUAAAGUUCAGGAGGUGUGUGAAAGGAAGAAGAAGGAAUUGGAGCCCCUGGUGGAAAAAAUUAUCGAAGAGAAGGUCCAAGAGUUGCAUGAGAUGAUCAACUCAUCAGAACGAAAGGGACUUUGUUUGAUUUGGUGCGAAAGGAUCAUCUCACAGCUUCGGGGCAUAAUCGUCGCAAAAAGAGAUCAAAUCCGGGAACUUUUCCAUGUGGAAGAACGAAAGCAGUGGGAAUUGUUUCACCGGAAAGACGCUGUCGCCAAAGUAAUGAAGGAAAUGGAAAUGGAAAUCGAGAAGAAUGGAAAGGGCAGAGAUGGAGCAUUUGAUGAGGUAUGGAAUCGACGGGAAGGUGAUUUGAUGAGAGCUAUGUACUUAAACUCAACGUAUUUGAGCAACGAAGAUGCCUUGUCAGAAGAGAUAAAAUCGGAACUGCUGAAAAUGAUUCCAGAAAGACAUCACAAGGAAAUCCAAUGUUGGGAUGUGAAAGCAGAAAAGAAGGAAGAAACUCCUUCUCAUUUGGGUGGUAUCAUUGAUGAAGCUAAUGCUUACCUAAAAUUGGCAUGUCCCAUCGAGAUCGGUUUUGUGCAGGAGUCUUGCUCUGAAAUUCCCGUAAAGGAGGUCCUCCCUCUUUUGAGGGAGAAGCUUUCCAAAGAAAAAGGAACAAAUUUUGCAUUUUCACAAAUGGACCUCCUCGCAGAUCAUGUAGAUUCUCCCAUCAGUCGCCUGCUGAAGAACUUGUUGGGUUGUCUUGAGCGAUGCCCAUUUUGCGGGGCUGAAUGCGAGCAUUCCUUCGAAAACCACGUUGACCCUGAUGCUAUCGUGCCAUUCAAAGAGCCAUCUAUCAUGCAGAAAUUAAAGUCAAAAAUGGGCAUGGAAGACAAGCAAAAGGGUUCAGUCGCUCUUCAUGCCACUGAGAUUCACAUCCCCCAAUGCCUCAGAGGGUAUCAAGACAAUAUAACGGGAGAAAUGGCAUUGACGACGUGUCCUGAAGACGUAAGGACUGAGGCGCAGUUCGGAAAGUCAGAUGAGGAGAAAUGGACUCUGUAUAAGGAGUACAGAAGAAAGUUUCCUGCUUGGGACAUUCCUCCAAAGAAACAAGAAGCAACUCCUCUCUUCUGGAAACGCUUCAUCGCCAGAAAUGAAGAGGCAUUGGCGAAAACAUACGGAAUGAAGGUCUCAAGUGAACUGCCUUCAGCGUGGAAGCACUAUACAGAUGAAGAAGUCAGAGCUAACCUUAGGUCCCUUUAUUUCCUUGAAUGA